GCAUCGCGCAUCGUCCAGACUGCCAAAAGCAGUCCAAUUGCGCUGCCCACAAUGGCCGCCUCAAUCCUCCGCAGCUUCUUCUCGCCAGCCCUCCGCCAAUCCCUCACAGCCACCGCGCCAUCAUCCUCAAUAUCGCCCAUCUCUCGACUCCUCCAAUCUCAAUCCUCCUCACCCUCAUCAAUCCUCUCGCCAUUCCGUGCCGCCGCAGCCUUCUCAACAACUCCCGCACCGCAAGCCACCCUCAACCAAGUCCUGCGCGGCAUCCGCAAGGGCAAGCGCGCGCGCCACGCCGUCUCCCCCGCGCUGUCCAACACGCACUGCCCGGCUCUGAAAGGCGUUUGUCUGCGUGUCGGUGUCGUGAGGCCCAAGAAGCCCAACUCUGGCGAGCGCAAGACGGCGCGUGUGAAGCUUUCGUCUGGGGCGGUGGUUACGGCGUAUAUCCCUGGCGAGGGACAUAAUAUCCAGCAGCAUAGUGUGGUGCUUGUGAGGGGAGGGAGGGCGCAGGACUGUCCUGGUGUGAGAUAUCAUUUGGUUAGAGGAGCGUUGGAUUUGGGUGGUGUUGCGUCUAGAACGACGAGCAGGAGUAAAUACGGAACCAAGAAGCCCAAGAAGGCCACCGUGGGUUAAAGGGAAUUCAAGCGAAAACAACAAGAAGAAUAUCUCCGUUUUCAUCUCCCGGAGCUGAGCAGAGUAUUGGUUAGACACUGUAUAAACAACCAUAGAUUAAAGACGGAUGAGAACUGUACAAUACCAACAAAAGCAAUAUCAAUCACAUAUUUUACGUUUUG